CUAUAAAUUAAUGGAAAAUGCAGAACGUAAAAACUCACGUUGAUUGAAAAGUACGUUAAAUGCAUUGCGACGGAUCAAUGAGUAAAGGUUACCUUCGCGAUUCGAUUCUUGAUCAAGUAUUAAAUCUGUAUCUGUAUCAUCACGACAAAUCUCAAAUUAGUGUUUCUUCAAGAUGUUACUUCACGAAAAAAAAUGAUUUGUUGACAUGACAACACAGUUAAGUGUUCAGACAAAGGGGAGGGAUUGGAAAAGAAGGUUAUGGCUGUUCGAUAGAUUAGUGUGGACAGUGAUGAAGUAUGGUGCGGAGAUUUGGGGAUGGAGAGAGAGAGAGGAGUUGGAGAGAGUGCAAGAAAGAUUUGUGAAGUGGACAAUAGGAGUGAAGAGAAGAACGCCGGGGUACAUGAUAAAGGUGGAGGUGGGAAGGGAGAAGAUGAGAGGGAGGACAGGGAAAAGGGCUUGGAAUUUUGAGAGGAAACUGGAGAAGGGAGGAGAAGAGAUGGUUGCUCACAUUUACAGUUACAAACGCUCUCUACUAUUCCAGGAGAAUCUUAUUGAAUGUAGCAAAAAGUUAAGUGAAAAAAUCAUAUUUUAUGAGUAUUAAAAUUCACUGCACCCAAAGAAGUGUCACAAAAAGUUAUAAAAUUAGGAACAAUAUAAUUCAAUACAAUUAAAUAAAUAUAAUCCAAAUUAGGAAACACGGAAUAUUAAAAUUUAUUCCCAAGUAGCACUCUUGGAAAAGCUAGCACGCUAGCAAACACUUCAGACAAACAUCCAUAAAAAAAUUUGAUAACAGAGACUCGACCUCUAUUUCCGUUGUAAUACAUAUUGAACGCAGAAACUUAUAUCUGAAAUCGUUACCGUUCU